AAAACUAAUCGAUGAAAGCACAAUCUUUUUACCACCGCGGUCAGUAAAAAAUCAACACCAACAAAAUAGUCUUCAUUCAGAAGAUCUGGCGUUAGAAUCAGUUAUUCGAUAGAGAGAAAGGUGUUAAGACGUGCUGACAAGUGUUUUCCGAAAAGAAUGUUUUGCCUUAAAUAAAUAACUUAGUUAAAAAAAAUUAUUAAAUAAUAUUAUAAAUAAACCUUUUAUUGAGUGGAAAAAAUUAUAAUAUUCAAAAUGAAUUGGCUAUUAUUAAUUGCAACAAUUUGUGGUUGUACAACAUACACUUCCAGCUACAAUAUACUAGGUCUAUUCCCUCAUCCUGGAAUCAGUCAUUUCCAUUUCUUCCAUCCAAUAAUGCGAGGUUUAGCAGAAGCUGGUCACAAUGUAACAGUAAUUAGUCAUUUUCCCAAUAAGAAACCAAUGGAAAAUUACACAGAUCUAGGGUUACCACCUGUUGAUUUAUAUGUAAACGUUGUAGAUUUAAAGGAUAUAGAAAAACGAGUCUUUCACACUCCUUUCCAUAUAUUCUUUUCGCUUAACCAAUGGGGUGAAGAAGCUUGCCGAAAUACAUUUGAAUCAGAUGCAUUGGAGCAAGUUAUAAACGGAAAUACUCAAUAUGAUCUCAUUAUAAUGGAACAAUUCAAUACAGAUUGUUUAAUGGGAGUUGCACAUGUGUUAAAAGUGCCUGUAGUUGCACUAAGCAGUUGUCCAUUGUUGCCAUGGCAUUAUGAACGUGUUGGAAAUCCAAUUAUUCCAUCAUAUAUACCAGCAUUGUUUCUAGGUCAAUCGGAGAAUAUUGACUUUUUACAUCGUAUUGGAAAUUGGUUCAUUUAUCAUGGAUUUAAUUUUCUAUAUAAUCAUUAUAGCCAUAAACUUGCAACAGAGCUGAUUCGUCAAAGAUUUGGACAGCACAUGCCGGAAACUAGAGAUCUCGUUAUGAACACUUCUGUGUUUUUUGUCAACCAGCACUAUUCAUUGAGCGGAGCUAAACCGUUGUCCCCAGCUGUCAUUGAACUUGGCGGAAUUCAUAUUGAAAGCCAAACUGACAUAUUGAACAAGGACAUUCAACAAUUUCUCGAUAGUGCUGAACAUGGCGUGAUUGUGUUUAGUUGGGGUUCAAUGGUUAGAGCAGAAUCUCUUUCCCCGAUAAAACUAAAUGCCCUUCUCUCAGCUUUCAAACGUUUGAAGCAAAAAGUCAUUUGGAAAUGGGAAAACGAAACGUUGCCAAAUCAGCCCAAAAAUGUUUUAAUUAGUAAAUGGUUGCCUCAGAAAGAUAUACUACGUCAUCCAAAUGUCAAAGUUUUUAUGACACAUGGUGGAUUACUAGGCAGCACAGAAGCAGCAUAUAGUGGAAUUCCAGUUGUUGUCACUCCAUUGUUUGCAGAUCAAUAUCAUAAUGCUGCUACAUUAGUUGAACGUGGUAUGGGGACAGUAUUGCAUUUUAAGGAUAUCACAGAAACUACAGUAUACAAUGCAAUUACUACAGUUCUUGAUAAAAAAUAUAUUGACAAUGCCAAAAAAAUUGCACAUUCAUUUAGAAUACGUCCAAAAAGUGCAAUGGAAACUGCUAUUUGGUGGGUUGAACAUGUGAUUGAAACACAGGGAGCUCCUUUAACUAAAUCGAUAUCAAGUCGAAUGUCACGUUUUACUUAUUAUUGUCUAGAUGUUUAUACAUUUUUGGCUGUUUUAUUGGUUGUAUCAGUUUUUGUUUCUCGAUGGAUGUUAAGUGUAGCGAGUAAAAUAAUAAAUCGUUUGGAUAAAGUCAAAAUUGCGUAGUUAGGAAAAAUAUUUAUUUAGUAUUAAUUCAUCUCAUUGUAUUAUUUAUUAGUUUAUAAAUUAGUAAUA